AGUCAUAAAUCGACUGUACCUGGCUUUUCUGCAAGCAGUCAUGAACCUGCGGUGAACUCUCCAGAAUAUAGAAUUUUUCUAUGUGUAAGUGGUCAGUGCCCAGAAGGACACACCUGCUUCAACAGUGUGUGCUGUAACUUACAAAGAAUUCACAACGAUGAAUUGUGCAAAAACUUGCGCUCGUUCUAUCGUACUGAAUGUCGCGAUCGGCGUUCUGACUGUGAGAAAUGGGCUGCACAAGGCUUUUGCGACAGCACGGCAUACUCACUUCAGCAAAAGCUCCAAAUAUGUGGUCGCAGUUGUAAAUUAUGUGAAGGUCGUGGAAGAAAAUAA